UUUGAUUCCCACGAGUUGGCAGCCCAGUUGCAUGAGUUUUGGUGAAUUGCAUUUAGCUAACAUUUAGAAAACACAGCUGCGCAAAUAGCAACAGAAGUCCCAACCACUGCUUGUGUCCAUCCCACCAUGGAUUUCUCCGCGAACCAGACAGACAAGUUGGCCUCCAAGACAGCCAGCAGCAACUCGCUGGACAGCAGCUCCAAGUCCAGUUCGCUGGGCUCCAAGCACGGAGGCGGGGAGAACGGCGUUCUGCGUGACACGCCCUUUGGCUAUCUGGAGGGCGAGGAGGACCAGGACCAGAAGAACGAUGUGACCUACGUGUGCCCCUAUCGCGGCCCCGUAUUCGGGGCCCUGACCAUCACAAACUACCGCCUCUACUUCCGUUCGCUGCCUCUGCGGGAUCAGGAGCCGCCAGUGGUUGUCGACGUGCCCCUGGGCGUGAUAGCGCGUGUCGAGAAGAUCGGGGGUGCCACGUCGCGGGGCGAGAAUUCGUACGGCAUCGAGAUCUUCUGCAAGGACAUGCGGAACCUGCGAUUCGCCCACAAGCAGCAGAACCACUCGCGCAGGACGGUGUUCGAGAAGCUGCAGGCAAAUGCCUUUCCGCUCUCGUACAGUGGACGCCUCUUCGCCUUCGCCCAUGCGGCGGCCAACUCGGUGAAUGGAAGCAGCGGCUGGGACGGAUGGGCUGUGUAUGAGCCGCUGGCGGAACUGCGGCGCCUGGGCGUUCCCAAUGACAUGUGGCGGGCCACCAAGCUAAACGAAUCCUACGCCAUUUGCGACAGUUAUCCGGCCGUGUGGGCUGUGCCUAAGGCGGCAUCCGACGAUUUCCUGAGACGCGUGGCGCAGUUUCGCUCCCGAUGCCGCCUGCCGGUGCUGUCCUGGAUGAACCCCCGGACCCAGGCGACUAUCACGAGGUGCUCCCAGCCCCUGGUGGGCGUGAGUGGCAAGCGAAAUGCAGACGAUGAGGCCUACCUCAGCUUCAUCAUGGAGGCAAACGCACAGUCGGACAAGUUGACUAUUAUGGACGCACGGCCCAGCGCCAAUGCGAUUGCCAACAAGGCCAAGGGCGGCGGCUACGAGUCAGAGGACGCGUACAAGAACGUGGAAAUAAACUUUCUCGAUAUCCACAACAUCCAUGUGAUGCGGGAAAGCUUGCGCAAGGUGAAGGAGGCCUGUUUUCCCACCACCGACGACUCAAAGUGGCAGACAGCUAUCGACAAUACCCUAUGGCUGAAGCACAUCCGGUGCAUUCUGGCCGGGGCGGUCAGAAUUGUGGACAAGGUGGAAACCAUGAGCACCUCCGUGGUCGUACACUGCUCAGACGGCUGGGAUCGCACGGCCCAGCUGACAGCCCUAUCCAUGCUGCUGCUCGAUCCCCACUACCGCACUGUACGUGGCUUUGAGGUGCUUAUUGAAAAGGAGUGGCUCUCUUUUGGCCACAAGUUCCAGCAACGCGUCGGUCACGGCGACAACAAGCACUCGGAUGCGGACAGAUCGCCGGUGUUCCUGCAGUUCAUCGACAGCGUGUGGCAGGUCAGCCAGCAGUUUAACAACGCGUUUGAGUUUAACGAGCACUUCCUGAUCACAAUCGUGGAUCACUUGUAUUCGUGCCGAUUCGGCACUUUCCUCUGCAACACGGAAGCCGAGCGUGUGGCCGAAGAUCUGAAGCAUAAGACAACAUCCUUGUGGACGUAUAUCAACUCUUCGCUGGAUCAGUUUCUGAAUCCACUAUUCCCCUCCUUUACGCACGGGGCCGAGCUGGUGCUGCGCCCCAUCGCCAGCGUGCGGUGCGUCCGCCUGUGGAAGGGCCUGUACUGCCGCUGGAACCCCGGACUAUGCGCUCCCCAGCACGGAUGCCAGCGGACCAGAGAGCUGCUGUCCAAGCAGGACCAACUAUUUAAACACGUCAAUGAGCUGCGACUCAAGUCGAACAACCGAAGCAACAACAUGCAGACAACAACGCGACUGGCCUCGCCUAUGCAUUAAUAGUAUUCCUUUUAAUUUCCCUCUAUAUGUACGCAUUAGCUUACUAAAUGUUAACAAUUCCAAAUGCAAGAAAUGCUUUUUUGAAUACAAAUGUCUUCUUAUUAGACAAGUUGUUUCUAAAGUAACUAAAUCCCCUGUUCUAAGUUUCUCUCAAUUUUCUCACAACUACGAGUAAGAAUCAUUUUCUGUAUAAAUGCUAUUUAAAAUUAUUCAAAUUGUUUUACAGUUACACAUCAAGUGAAAUAGAAAUCGAACAAUAA